AUGGAAAAUCAAUCCAGCAUCUCUGAAUUUUUCCUUCGAGGAAUAUUUGAGUCACCAGAGCAACAGCAGUUAUUCUGUGGAAUUUUCCUGUGUAUGUUUCUUGUCACCUUGACUGGGAAUGUGCUCAUCAUCCUGGCCAUCCUCUCUGACCCACACCUCCACACGCCCAUGUACUUCUUUUUGGCCAACCUGUCUCUUGUUGACAUGGGUUUAACAUCCUCCACAGUUACCAAGAUGCUGGCAAACGUACAGACUCAGCAGCAUACCAUCUCCUAUGCCGGUUGCCUCACACUAAUGUAUUUCUUUCUGAUGUUUGGUGAUCUGGACAGCUUCUUCCUAGCUGUAAUGGCCUAUGACCGCUAUGUGCCCAUUUGCCACCCCCUCCACUACUCCUCAGUCAUGAGCCCCCGAGCCUGUGCCCUGCUGCUGGCAUUGUGCUGGGUUCUCACCCACAUUGUUGCCCUGACUCAUACCCUCCUCGUGGCUCGGCUGUGCUUCUGUGUUGUUGGGGAAAUAGCUCACUUCUUCUGUGACAUAACUCCUGUCUUGAAGCUGUCCUGUUCUGACACCCACAUCAAUGAGUUGAUGCUCUUUGCAUUAGGAGGCACGGUACUCAUCAUCCCCUUUAUAUGCAUCGUCAUCUCCUACAUCCACAUUGUAUCGGCCAUCCUGAGGGUCCGAACCCCUGCUGGGAGUGGCAAGGUGUUUUCCACCUGCAGUUCCCAUCUCUGUGUUGUCUGUGUGUUAUAUGGGACCCUCUUCAGUGCCUACCUGUGCCCGCCCUCUUUUGCCUCUGAGGAGAAGGAGAUUGCAGCAGCUGCCAUGUACACAGUGGUGACCCCCAUGUUGAACCCCUUUAUCUAUAGCCUAAGGAACAAGGACAUGAAGGGGGCCCUGGAGAGGCUCCUCAGUCACAGGAGAAUUUUUCCCUCUUAA